AUGUUUUUACAGAGUUUGGCCCAGCGGGGUGCAUCCUGGUGGCACCCCGAGGAUGCCACCAACCCCGGCUCCAACCCCGUUUCUCUUGCAGAGGCGGGCGAGACCUCGCGCCCUUCGCCAGCGGCCCCCUCGGCGGAGCCCCGGCCGCCCGCCCGCCCCGCGGCCCCCAGGCACGAGAAGUGCCCAGAAGACGACGACGAGUCCCGCAAAGCGCUGACGAACGGCACGGCGCCGGCCAGGACCGAGCUCGCGGACGCUCCCGAAGCUGUGACAUGCCAGCCCCAGGUGCGAGCAGCCCCGCAGCCCCCCGGCCCCUGCACCCACCUGCUGCAGAACGGGGCCGGGCGAGGGCCGGAUCCAGGCGGUGCCCUCGGGGACGCGGGGAACGGGGUCUUCCGCCCCCUGCCCAGCUCGCAGAAGCCUCACCGUAAGCUGCAGUCCCACCACUCCAUCAACAGCCAGAGCAGCAAGAAGAGCAAGGGCAGCUCCAAGUCGGCUUCGUCCCACAUCCCUAUCGAGGCGCAAGAAGACUGCUGCGUCCACUGCAUCCUCUCCUGCCUCUUCUGCGAGUUCCUGACCCUCUGCAACAUCGUGCUGGACUGCGCCACCUGCGGCUCCUGCACCUCCGAGGACUCCUGCAUCUGCUGCUGCUGCUGCAACUCGGGCGAGUGCGCGGACUGCGACCUGCCCUGCGACAUGGACUGCGGCAUCAUCGACGCCUGCUGCGAGUCAGCCGACUGCCUGGAGAUCUGCAUGGAGUGCUGCGGGCUCUGCUUCUCCUCCUGAGGGCUGGAGGCAGCGGGAGGGAGGACGACCGGGGGCGUAAUUCCCCCUCCUGCAGAUCCCCGAGCCCCGCCGGUGGGGAAACCCAGGCGUGAGACAGAGCAAAGCCUGGCGAGGGAGGAGAGGGCAGUUCCCCCGUUGCAAACCUCGUCCUCGGAGCCGCUGAGCCCGCUCAGACCCUGUCUGGGGACAGUGCCUUCGGGCUCUACCUCUUCCCCACGCACCAAGGGUCGCGGGAGCACCCUGCCACCUGAGCCGAGCGCAGGAGCUCCCAUCCCGCACCCCCGCUGCCCGAGGAAGCUGCUCCGGGCACGGCAACAAGGGGGCACCUGAACCAUCCUCUCCCCAGGGACCCUCCAAGACUGGGUGCAGCUCCCCAGGGGGACCCCGUGGACACCAAAACCUUCAGCCAGGCUGCGGGCCCGGUGUUACGGGGAUGCAGCGCCGGCCCCCAGCACCUCCCCAGUGCUGAGAUCGGCAGCCAAGUGCAAUAAAAUGCCCACGGCGGGGAUCCCCCUGUGGCUGAGUGCCUUUACCCCUGCCUCUUCCCUUCCUGCAGGGCUGGGGCAGCUGCGCCAGGCAGGCACCGACCCCGUGAGCAUCCCUCGGUGGGUCGGUUGGUGCCAAAUGAUCCCCAGCUGCCGCCACCCCACGGACAGGGCUCGUGGCUGGGUGAGGGUGGAUAACACCCCCUUGGAGAGCUGGGGAGAAGGGGAGGGAGAGUAAGUGUCAUGGUAUUAUUAUUUUUUUUUUUUUUUGGUCCCUUUUGUUACUGUAAAUAAAGGUCUUUCUUCAUUUCUGA